AUGGAUAGUUGCAAUAUAGGAAGUUUGAAUGUUAGGGGCUUGAAUAACAAGGAUAAGCAAGAUUCUGUGGUAGAGUUUUACAAUGUCAAUAAAAUUGGAGUAGGGGGUUUGUUAGAAACUAAGUUGAAAGGGAAUAAAGUUCAGGAGUUGACGGACAAAAAGUUUGCUAAUUGGGAUUUCUUUAAUAGCUCUACUGUUGAGGGCAGGUUAUUGAUUAUAUGGAGAAAAGGUUAUGUUAGAGUUAUAGUAAUUGCAGAAUCACCUCAACAUGUUCAUUGUGUGGUAAAAAUGGCUGGGCAAGCUACUGCAUUUUGUCUCACAUUUGUUUAUGGUUUUAACACCAUUGAAGAGAGGAAGACUAUUUGGUAUAAUCUGGUGCAGCUGAAGUUUCCUAUUUCUUCUUGGUUAAUUCUUGGGGAUUUUAACUCAGUAUUUAAUGUUGAUGACAGAAAUUGGGGGAAUCCUAUAACGCAAAAUGAAAUGGCUGACUCUAAUCACUGGUUAUCUCAGGUUCAUAUUGAAGCUCUCAAAAGUCAUGGGUCGGUUUUCACUUGGACUAACAACCAAGCUGGUACCAAUCGAAUCUAUUCCAAGAUAGAUCAUAUAUUUGUCAAUGAGGAGUGGCAUGAUCACUUUCCUAACUCAACAACUCGUUUUAGUUGGGAAACCAUAUCAGAUCAUUGUUCUUGUGCUGUUUCAACUACAACUACAGAGGCUAUUGGGAUUAAUCCAUUUCGGUAUUACAAUUUCUGGGCUAAUCACCCUGAGUUCAAGAGCUUAGUGGAGCAAAAUUGGAAGAAACCGUUAUCUACUAGAGGUCUAAAAGGGGUUUACUUAAAACUGAUGAGAGUUAAGCAUUGCCUCAAGAAGUUUAAUCAUGAAGUGAUAGGUGAUAUUGGGAAGAGUUAUCAGGAAGCUAAAGCCUGCUACAGUGAGGCUAAAUUACAGGUUCAAACUCACCCGAGAGAAAAGAUUUAUCAGGAGCAAGAAACUAAUGCAGCUGCUAAUUUUUAUGCUCAAGAGAAAAUGUACCAUAAGUUUCUAAGACAAAGGAGUAAAAUUACUUGGCUGGAAAAAGGAUAUUCCAAUACCUCUUAUUUUCAUGCCUGUCUAAAGAAGAGAAAAAUGGAAAACAGAAUUACAACAUUCAUGACAGACCAAGGACCUGAUGGGUUUGGAUCUGGAUUUUUCAAGAAAAUGUGGUCUGUUAUAAGGGGGGAAAUUAGUGUUGAUGUUACUAACUAUUUUGAAACAGGUCUCAUGCCACCUGAGUUACAUAAUACGAUGAUUUCUCUCAUCCCUAAACAAGAGAACCCGGCUAAAGCAGUUGACUACAAACCUAUUGCAUGUUGUUCAACGAUAUACAAAUGCAUAUCAAAACUGUUAUGCUCUAGACUUGCAUCAGUUCUCCCUUCUCUGGUUCACCAAAACCAAGGUGCUUUUGUCCAAGGGAGGUCAAUUGCUCACAAUGUGAUGAUUCUUCAAGACAUUUUGAAGAACUAUCAGAGGAAAAACACUUCUCCUCGCUGUACUAUCAAGAUAGAUAUCAGUAAGGCAUAUGACACUGUGGAUUGGAAUUUUAUUGAAGAUCUUCUUAAUGCUUUAAACUUUCCUAGUAGAUUUGUUCAGCUGGUAAUGAUUUGUAUCAAAAGCACUUCCUAUUCUCUCCUUAUGAAUGGUAGAAUUCAAGGUGGUUUUCAUGGGGCUAAGGGACUUCGUCAAGGUGAUCCUUUAUCUCCUUUGAUAUUUGUUCUGAUUAUGGAUUAUCUAUCGAGAAGUCUUCUUCACGCUGCUCAAGUCUUUAAAUUCAGAUAUCAUCCUCUUUGCAAAAGUUUGAAGUUAAUAAACUUAUGCUUUGCGGAUGACUUGAUUCUUCUUAGUAAAGGGUCCAAGCAGUCCAUUAAAGUUCUUAGAGAGGUCUUGGAUGAUUUCAGCAAUACUACUGGGCUCCAUAUCAAUGUUAAUAAAUCACAAAUAUUCUUUGGAGGGGUUGAGCUUAGGGAGAAAGAGGAGAUCAUUAGGGAUCUAGGUUUGGCUGAAGGUGAUUUCCCUUUAAAGUACUUAGGGGUGCCUUUAUGA